UGCCGAGUGUUGAGUGUCGAGUGCCGACUGCCCAACCAAAUACAUUCAGUGUUUGUGAGGUAUAUGUAAUAGUAUAAGUGACCACUCCUAAUCAUGAAAUUUUUUCAAACACACGAUAAGUUUAAUAUUUAAAAAGAAGGUUUUUGAAAUUUUGCGUAGAUGUGUGUCAGUGACGAUUGGAUUUGAUUAGAAAAAAUUAUUCAUCCAAGAAAAUGUGGAUCUGGAUUUUGAUAUUAACCUUCGCUUACGGGAAUAGUCAGUUCUCGCAAGAAUCGACUGAAUCGACGCGCUCUCCUUGGAAUCGAUUCGAUGAUAGAGAUCAGGCUGGAUUUGGUUUACGAGGUUCUGGAAAUCCAACUGACAGUAUUAUAAUAAAAGAGGCUACCUACUUUGUGGUCGCAUCUCGAAUGGUUAGACCAGGGCAGAUCUACCGUGUAGAUGUAAAUGUCUUAUAUAGCCCAAUUCCAAUCAUAGUACGUUCGUCCAUUCAAAGAAAUGGAGUGGAGGUAGCUGCAGAUUUUCAAGAAGUAAAGGAAGGCAUACCAGAAACUCUAAUGAUGGGAUUGCCAUCUACGUCUGUUAAUGGGGAAUACAGAUUGAGAGUAGAAGGAACAUAUAAUAGUCUAACUGGUGGCCAAGCAUUUUUAAAUGAGACCAAACUUACAUUUUCACAAAGAUCAAUGACUAUAUUUAUUCAAUUGGACAAACCUGUAUAUAUGCAAGGAGAAACUGUGCGAUUUAGAACUAUACCCAUAGAUACUGAACUCAAAGCAUUUAAUAAUCCUAUAGAUGUGUACAUGUUAGAUCCAUAUAGGAGAGUAAUGAGAAGAUGGUUAAGCAGACAGAGCAAUUUGGGAACAGUAUCUUUAUCAUACCAGCUUUCUGAUCAACCAGUUUUUGGAGAAUGGAUUAUACAAGUGAUAGCACAAAGCCAGGUAGAAGAGAAAACUUUCCUAGUUGAGGAAUACUAUCAAACACGUUUUGAAGUUAAUGUAACAAUGCCUGCAUUCUUUUUUGAUAAUGAUCAAUAUAUAAAUGGUAUAGUCCAAGCAAAUUAUACUAGUGGUGCACCAGUGAGGGGAAACUUAACUCUAAAAGCACGCAUUAGAUCACUAGAUAGAGCAUAUACAGAAUCUGAUUCUGAAUCUGCAGAAAGAUAUUUUUAUUUUGAUGAGUAUUAUCCAGCGUGGUUGAAAGUUUCAAAUUAUUUGAAUAAUAAGGUUCCUGUAUUGAGAUUUUUUAAUGGAACUUAUCACUUCCGAUAUCCAAUGUCAGAAUUGCUAAGUUUUGUACCUACUGCGAGCGGAGUGGAGAUCACUGUGACUGCAACGGUCGGUGAAAGAUUUCUAGACGAAAUAAUUACAGGUUACUCCACAGCCCGAAUAUAUAACUCUACCUCAAAAGUUCGAUUUUUGGGCGGAUCACCGCAAGUUUUUAAGCCAGCAAUGCCAUUUACCUUGAAUUUAGUGGCGUCGUUUCAUGAUAAUUCAGUAUUGAGACCAACGCAAUUAAAAGGGGCUGUAAUGGAAAUUCGCGCGGAUAUCGAAAUGAGAACAGGUGGUCAUAGAACGCUAGAAACUCAAUAUCUAAAACAUUCGGCAGACAAUGAAGGUAUUUGGUCUACCAGAAUCGAUUUAAGAAAACAACUUGGACUUGACCAUAAUUCGAAUCAAGCACAGCAAAUUCUCAAUGAUAUCUCUUCUAUGAAAGUGUUUGCUUAUCUUACCGAUGGAGAAGGCUACAGAACGCAAACUGAAUUAUUGUUAUUGGCUCACGAAUCGCCGAAUCAACAGCACAUAAAAAUCUCAACGUCCACAGAAAAACCUAAAGUUGGAGAAUACAUGAUAUUCCAUGUUCAAACUAAUUUCUAUAUUGAUACUUUCAACUAUCUCAUUAUGGCAAAAGGUACAAUACUUUUAACUGGACAAGACAAUAUGCAACAUAACAUAAAAACGAUCGCCGUUCCUUUAAGUGCGGAAAUGGCUCCCGUUGCAACUGCAGUCGUAUAUCAUGUUGGGCAAUAUGGCAAUGUAGUAGCAGACUCUUUAACCUUCUCUGUAAAUGGCAUUUCACGCAAUAAUUUCACUGUAUUCAUCAACAAUAAAAAAUCUAGAACAGGUGAGAAUGUCGAAGUAGCCAUUUACGGAGAACCAGGAGCGUACGUCGCUCUUUCAGGUAUAGAUAGAUCUUUCUUCACGAUGCAAGCAGGAAAUGAAUUGACUUACGCCAAUGUUAUAUCAAAAAUGGCACAUUUCGACGAAGAGACGAAUGGAACUCAUGCCCACACUUGGUUGUACCAUGAAGGUGAUCCGGAUGAAGUUGUUUACUUCCCUUCUUCAACCUUUGGUAUAGACGUCAAUAGAACGUUCGAAUACGUUGGAUUAGUAGCCUUCACAGACGCCAUUAUUUACCGAAGACCUGAUAACUGUAACACAACUCAAGGAUAUGGGGAAUGCCUCUCUGGAAGAUGUUAUAGACUAGACAAAAAAUGCGAUGGUGUAUACGAUUGCGAUGAUGGCACUGAUGAAGUAGGCUGCGAGCGCAGAAAUGUCACAGACAUUGUACAGUUUAGAAAGUGGCGGUUUAACAGGUUACAGAGACAAUACGAAAACGUAUGGUUAUGGAAAGAUAUCAAUAUUGGUCCUCAUGGUAGAUACAUUUUCAAUAUAGACGUUCCAAGAAGACCAGUUCUGUGGAUGGUUACAGCGUUUGGUAUGUCUCCAAGUAUGGGCUUUGGAAUGCUACCAAAAGCCAUUGCAUAUAUGGGUAUCUUGCCAUUCUAUAUUAAUGUGGAAAUGCCUACUCAUAGUAAACAAGGAGAACAAAUUGGUAUCCGCGUCUCCGUUUUCAAUUACCUACGCAAUAAUAUAGAAGCUGUAGUAGUUUUAACUGGUUCCAAGGAUUAUAAAUUCGUUCACGUUGAAGAUAAUGGUAUUGUACAAUCGUACAAGCCUCGUACAUCUUUUGGUGAACACCAGUUCUUUAUUUGGAUCCCUGCUCAAGAUGCUUCUAUUGUUUAUCUACCUAUUGUACCGAUAAGGCUUGGAGAUAUCAAAGUACACAUCUAUGCCACUACCGUAAUCGGAAGGGAUUCGGUUACGCGUACGUUGCACGUAGAAGCUGAUGGCCUUCCUCAGCACAGACAUCAAUCUAUCCUGCUCGAUCUUAGUAAUCGUGCAUAUGUGUUCCAAUACAUGCACGUGAACAUUACGGAAACACCUAUUAUACCCUACGACGAAAAUCGUUACUACGUAUUUGGAUCAAAUAAGGCUGUGAUAAGUUUGGUCGGAGAUGUCGUUGGACCAAUUUUUCCGACGAUGCCUGUUAACGCCACAAGUCUCAUGAAUCUCCCUAUGGAUUGUGCGGAACAAAAUAUGUUCAGUUUCGCUGCUAAUUUAUACACGACAAUGUAUAUGCGUUUACUUAAUCAACGUAAUAGAACGCAAGAGAAACAAAGUUUCUAUUACAUGAAUAUUGGCUAUCAGAGACAACUUUCGUUUAUGAAUCCCGAUGGAUCAUUCAGCUUAUUCCGUAGCGAUUGGAACCAAUCGUCACCAAGCGUUUGGUUAACAGCAUAUUGUGCUCGUGUUUUACAAGAAGCACGCUUCUACGAGUGGGAAAAUUAUCUUUACAUUGACCCCGAAGUAAUAGCACAGGCUGUGUCUUGGUUAUUGAAAUAUCAAACACCUGAAGGAUCGUUCUAUGAAGUUACAUGGAUGCCUGAUCGCAAGAUGAACAGCUCUCUAAAUUACGACGAUGAUAUAAUAACACAUAGAAAUAUCAGUCUUACAGCUCACGUUCUAAUCACAUUACAAAGUGUAAAAGAUUUGCCUGAGGGUCUAGGAACUCAAGUUGCUGUAAGUGCUGCUGGUGCAAUCAAGUGGUUGGAGAGAAAUUUGAAAUUAUUAGAAGUACGAGGGAAGCCUUACGAGAUAGCGAUAGUAUCGUAUGCUCUGCUAUUGGCAAAAGCUUCUACUGCAGGACAAGCUUUUAAUAUUUUAUCUAGACACGCCCGUAGAGAAGGAGGAUUAACUUAUUGGGGCAGAGAAUCAGUACCUCUUCCUCCUUACAAACUGGAAAAUCAGAAACCAUUCCUCCUUCCACGUUUACCAUACAUGUACGACUCAGAAAAUAUCGAAACCACUGCGUAUGCUCUUUUGGUGCACGUUGCUCGACAAGAGAUAAUGUUAGAACCCAUAGUAAAAUGGUUGAAUUCUCAGAGAUUAACCGACGGUGGUUGGGCCUCGACACAAGACACUGCCUGGGCGAUGAAAGCGUUAAUGGAUUAUACGGUCAGAUCGAGAAUUCGAGAUGUUAGUUCAUUGGCUGUUACUGUAGAAGCCACAGCUCUUCCAGGACAGACUAAAACACUAUUUGUCAAUGACAAUAAUCUUGCAAGGCUUCAGACUAUAGAGAUACCUGAAGCAUGGGGAACAGUAAAAGUACAAGCAAAAGGUGCUGGAUAUGCAAUUCUUCAAAUGUCAGUACAAUACAAUGUGGAUAUCGCAAAAUUCCAAACACAGCCGCCUGUUAAAUCUUUCGACCUGGUAACGAGAGCAAAUUUCCAUGGCAGAAAUCAGUCUCACAUAUCAUAUCUCAGUUGUCAGAGGUGGAUAAAUACGAACGAAUCUUCUCGUUCUGGAAUGGCAGUGUUGGAUGUAGCUAUUCCAACAGGUUAUAUAAUCCAACAACAAAUUUUGGAUAGGUAUAUUCAAUCGAAACAAGUAAGAAAUCUUCAGAGAGCACGAUUCCAUGAAAAGAAAGUGCUCUUUUAUUUCGAUUAUUUGGACCAAGAAGAAACGUGCGUAAAUUUCACGAUAGAAAGAUGGUUCCCGGUUGCAAAUAUGUCACGGUAUCUUCCUAUCAGAAUUUACGACUAUUAUGCUCCAGAGCGUUUCAACGAAACUAUAUUUGAUGCUCUACCGACUUAUACGCUAAAUAUUUGCGAAGUUUGCGGUAGUUCCCAGUGUCCUUACUGUCCGAUUUAUAAUACCGCCACGAUGUUGGCCACACCAACAGGUUGUCUGCUUGCAAUUUCUGUUCUCGUUGUUGUGACAAGAUAUUUUCGAACACAGGAGUUUAGUGUGGGUUAAUUCUCAUAUAUAACAUAUGAUGAUUUAACAGAAAAACGGAAAGAGAAGGGUGAAUAUUCUCGAUUUUAUAUUUUACGUUAUAUUGUCAUCUUUUCUCGACUUUUAUUCUUAUAUCCGUCCUUAAGUCUGGUGCACAACUGGAACAGUACCUGAAAAUACAGGUACACGGGAGUAAAAAUAAUUAAUUUAUAAGAUGAAGUUCCAGUUAUCCUUAUUUGUAAUUAUACUUUCUCUUUUUUUACUGUAACAUUACAUCAAGUUACUUACGAAAAAGAAACCGUCCAUUUGUGAUUUGUUAACAUAUGUCGGAAAUUUAUAUUUAGCGUGGAAGUAUAGAAAUUUUAAUAAAACACAUAUUUUUAUACAUUUUUUAACUUUACAAUAUUUGAUAUGUUAUAUAAUUUAAAACAUAUCGUGUGUUUUUAUUCACGUUGUUAAUCGAUGAAUGUCAAUUUAUUCGAAUGUUUUCAACAUUCCAUGUACAGGGUGCAUCAUGUAAAAAUAGAACACCUGAAUAUUUUCCAGAUCUUGAAAGAAACGUCAAUCAACAGACCUUUUAGUUUCAUCAUAUUUUUCUCCUUGAACAGUAUAUCUGUCCUUUCUGACAUCUCUACCUUCAAUAUUAACAGAGAUAUUUAGGUGUUUUGUUUUACGCGACUCAUUCUGUAUAGUUUAACAAUUUAAAACCGUAGUUAGAGCAAUGUGUUCUAGGAGGCAAAGAAUUUUUAAGUACAAAUGAAACUUACAAUUAGUCGAGAUCGAAUUUUUGUAAGUAUGAUACACCAAAAAAACAUCUUUAUACAUGUUCUAGUAAUAAUGUCUAGUUAAAUGGAUAUUAAAAAUUCAUGAUUUCUUCUUAUUCUAAUCAAUUUAAAAAAUUCAGAUUUUUAAAUUUACCUCUACAAUUUUAUGCUUGAAUUUCGCUCUCUCUUUCUCUCUCUCUCUUUCUCUCUUCUGACUAGAUCUAUUUAAAAAGUACGCUGCAACGUUUCUGUUCCACUUACAUGUGAAGCUUCAAUUGUGCUAGCAUUAAGUUAUUACUAGAGAAAUUAUAAGUAUCGCUAUUUCUAUAAAGAGUUUUUAUUUAAAUUCUACAAUUAUAAUUUGAAAAUUGUGCUCAUAAAUUGUGCCUUCGCAAUGCCCCUUGAACACUAUCAAUUUAUGAAUCAAAGAUUUACAUUCCGGUUAAGAAAAGUUGCUAUUGGUUGACAAUUUGUAAAUAGUAGGCUAGAGAAAAAGAUCUAUGAAUACGGAUGUCAUUCUAACACAUGCUCGUGUACUUUUUCACAUGAAAGAAGAAAUGUGAAAGUAUGUAAGGCAUUCGUUCAAAUAAGGUAUUUUGCCUCUGCAAAGAAACUUUAUAUUCUUUUGUAUAGUUAAUUGUCUGUUCGAACAUCAAAGAUCUAUUUUUAGUAAUAUAGCACUUACAAUAAGGUAAUACAAUAAUUUGUAAGUCUUUUAAAAGGAAAUGUUAUAUCGUUGAUACUUUGAAAAUGUGCGACCUAAUUACUUAGUUAAUAAUUUAUUCAUGUACGAAGCAAUAAUCUAAUAUUCGUAUUUGCUUUUUUUCGUGUAAUUAAGUAAAACAGUCGCUUCGAUAAAAUAAAAAGAACAAGUGGAGUUACUGGACGAUGAAAGGUCUUUAAAAGUAUCGUCGCAAAUUUUCAAAUAAUAUGAUAACGCAUAUAACGUUACUAAUACCGUAUAUAAAAAGUCUGCUUUAUAAUAAAACACAAUAAAAUAUUAAUUAACUCGUUUUAACAUGCGAGCGUAUACAGCUAUCGAAUGUAUUUUAUCAUGAAGUUCUCAUAUUAAAUGAAGUUAUAACUUUUUAUUUAAGGAUAACAUAUUAUAAUACAUAUUAAAUUAUUUGUAAAUCAAUUUUUUAUGAAACAGGUUGCUCGAAAACAUAUAAUCCGUCCGAAAGUAUAUUUAUACAAUAGCGAAAAGAAAAUAGCACUUAACAUGCGUUGAACGUAUUUUUAAGUUUUAUAAUCUUUAUACAAAUAAAACUGUAAAAAGAUAUUUCACUCAUCAUCUUUUAUUUUACAAAAGAUCCUUCAAUUAUUGUUUACAAAAUUUCAAUGAUCCCGAAAUAUAUUGUUAAAGUCCAUGCUUUUAAUAAUUUUGCACAUAUAACAGCUCUGUUUUAAUAACAUACUUUCAAUACUGUAUUUUUUACUUCUGACGUCUGGAAUAAAUCUAUGUUAGUUUUGGGUGGAAAUUUGGAUUUGGAUUAUUCGAAACAGCUGUAAUUAUUUUCGAAGCAAUCUUUAAUAUAGCAACAUAGUCAGUCUUACAAUAAUAAGCCAAAAAUACAAUCUAUAUAUCGAGCUUCUGGAGAACGGGCGAAAAAUGAUUUCUGUUUUCCUUCGUGAAACGAAUUGUAGGACCGAAAAGGAUCGAAGAAAGGCCGCAUCUCGCGGCAGAGAAGGAAAACACGUGACCAUUUCGCCCGAACUCUUGAGACGAAUUUUACAAUUUUACAUAUAAUUAUAUGAUGUAUCACGUUGCAAAACUGUAGGUCCUGUUUCUCCCACGAUGCAGGUGUCGACAAACGAAAGAACGUUAAGGGAGAAAAGAAUGUAUAUGGACCGCGUUCUCUUCGCCGCGGCAACGGAAUGAUAUUUUGUUGGUCCUACUUUCGGUGAACCCUUCAUUGAAUCAAUAGCUGAAAAAUUGCAAUCUAACAACGAGCGCAGAAAUGUGUCAUUAUGCCGUUGAAAUAUUUUCCAUCUGACCACUCUAUCGGCAACUUCAUUAUUUAUAAAACUGAAAAUGAGGAAAAAAUAUAUAUUUCAUUAAUAGACUGCGAACAUUUAUACUCUUACGAGAAAUUUAAAAAAAAAUGCGAAAACGUACAUAAUGUAAUAUAAAAACAUAUAAAAUAUCUAAUGUAAAGCAUUAGUUGUAACAUUUAAUGGACGAAACAAAUCUUCGCUUAAGUUAAGACAUAAAAACGUGGAUCUGUACAAACAUUCGCCAUCUAUUCGUUAAUAAGCCAAUUUGUAAACGUUAUAUCCGAAAGAAGAUAGUUUAAACGAAUGAAACAUUUUGGGCAUGGUAAAUGUCCGUUGAAAAGAUGUCAGUGAGACGAGGGUUUGUUUCGAGUACACAUUUCUGAGCUGAAUGCGUCACGAGUUUCAUCACAAAUGAACCGUCCGAUCUCCACGACGCCGAUUCUCCUCUAUCCACUCCAUUCUCAAUGGCGGAGGCGAACGCUGAAACUCUAUCACAAGAAGUUCCAGUUUUCUGGAUUUUAAAGCGCAUGAGAAAGAGUCGUACGCGUUCGCAGAGAUACGUGCGUUCAAAAUACAUCAAACGGUGCAAGAAAACGUCGACUUUGAACAAAAUUAGAAAGCAGAGAUCCGAGGGGAUGUCCCUGUAAUUAAGGCCCGACUAUCGAGGCUUCUAACGACGUAAUUCCAUGAAUUAUUUCCCAUAAAUUGCUGUUUUAUGAUUAUCCAAUACAUAUUUCUUUCCUUACUUACGCAGAUACGUAAUGAUAUAAAUCCCAGUGACGGAUUACUUUAUGAGAAAACAGACUAACUUUCCCCUCCUUAGUAUUAUCAGCACAAUAAUAGAAAACACGGUGUGUUGGUUGCGCGUUUUAACAAGGAAUAUCGUCAUAGCGAGAACCGUGUAGAGAUUAGCUAGUAAAGUUCUAACUACGAAUAGGAUCAUUUAAAAAAAAAUUUUUUUCAAGGAUCUUCGUUAAAUAUCGUCGGACAUUAAUUACAAAUUACUUUCAGACGCAGAUACAAUUUCGGACCUAAAUUAUGACCAGGAUAGGGAAAACGAUCGAUACAAAUAUAUAGGUAUAUUAUAAUAGUUAUUUGAUGAAACAUUUAAAGCCUUACAUAAAAUAUACAGUAUGAUGUGUAUCGUCACGCAUGUAUGAUAAAAUCGUGUGGUACCUGUGUAUGUGUGUUAUGUGUGUAUGUGGUUUUAUAUCAUUCGUUUUUCUCGUAUAGAGAAUAAUUACGUUACACGUCGAACUUUAUCAGAGAGCAUGUAUAUAUAUAUAUUUAUUAUACGUGUUCAAAAGACGUCUCAAAAUAUGCAGCCACGUUCUUUUUACGAUCAUUUUUUUUCGUUUUUUUAUUAUUAUUUCUAUCUUUUUCCCUUUUUUUCUUUUCGUUAAUAGAGCGGAGAUUGGUAUAUGUCCUUGAAAUUGAGAUACAGUAUUCAGUGUACUCUUGGACUGAGACUCGAUACGGCAGUAAUAGUAGUAAUAGUAAUAAUAAUAAUUAAUAAUAAUAAUUAAUAAUAAUAAUAAUAUAAUAAUAAUUCUUAUAAAUUCUUACACUUCUUCGUACCGAUAGACUCGAAGAAUGUUAUCGACUUACUUUAUUAAUUAUUUAUUCAUUUAUUUAUAUUUAUAUUUAUAUAUAUAUAUAAUAUGUAUAGUUCGCCCGUGUCCGUAACUUUUUUUUCGUUAAUAGCGAUCUUUUUUUUAAUCAUAUAUAGAUAUAUCGGUAUACAGAGCUAGUAUCAAAUUCUAACAGAAUCGAUGUUAUGUAAAAAUUGUUCCAACCGUUUCGGAGAGAUAUGCAUUUCACUCUGCAUCUACUCGUUCUUUUCAGAGUCAUUUUCUUCUCUUUUCUUUUCGUUUAAUGUACCUUUUGCUCUUAGACUUCUUUUCUUGUUUGUUUCAUCAUUCUAGAUAAAUUAGCUCAACCUCAUGACAUUAUUAAAAACCUCGUUUUCACGUCAUCGUCAUGAUCUUCAUCAUCAUUAUCAUCAUUAUCCAUUAGGAAAUUCAUUUGUCUUUGAUUCGACAGAUCGGUCGUGUAUCUCUUACAUUAAAUUAUACAAUAAUUAAAGAUCUAGAAAAAUUCGAUCUCGAUUGUGAAUUUUCUAUUUAAAAUAUACUGAUACUCAAUUUCUCACAGAAUUCACGCAUAGAAAAUGAAGUAUUAGUUUCACACUGUCAUUCAUUCCCCUAAGCACAAUUAAAAUGGAAUAUAUCUCGUUACAAAAUAAAAGAAAUUGAUAAUUUCAAUAAAAAUUUAAAAACAUUUUUACAGAGCAUUAAAGUUCAACUCUAAAUAUCGAUUUAAAUAAUUAUUCGCUUAAAGCAAAAUUUCAUUGUUUAUACAUAUAUAAAAAGUCUAUUGAAAACUACGCUAUAUUCUUUUUUUUAUAUCGUAGCUCUAACAUUAAAAUCAUGACAACAAAAAAAGAUAGCAUAUCGUUGGUGAAUCGUUGCAAAAGUUAUUAAUUUUUUCUUUUCUUGAGCUAUUCACCAAUAAUUUUCUUUUUCCUUUUUUUUUUUUUUUUUAGGCAGUUAGGCGAUUCAGUACUUUCAGUGGUGAAAAUUAAAAAAAAAAUUACUUAUCUAAAAUAAUACAGCGAAUCCUGGUACACAGAGUGUACAAUAAGCUUAUUAUCCAACUAUAUCGUUUAGGCUGGCUACUGUUAAAGUGGUCUUUAAGUUACAUACAAUCGAUAAUAAAAAAAAAGACACGUUCUCGAUAAGAAGGAGAUACACGUAAAAAGUAACACAGUCGUUUGUUUUCUUUCAGCCUUUUGAUAUUCAGGGUUUCAUCUAAUAAAUUUUU